ACUCCCUCCCUUUCCUGCUGGUCUCUCAGCAGAGGAUGUGUCUGGGUGAGAGAGUGUGUGUAAGGGAAAAGAGGGAGAACCGUCAGUAGAAUGGAUUUGUGCCCUCUCCCCUCCACUGUUUCUUCUUCUUCUUUUUCUCGCCCUCCAUUUCAUCUGUUUUUGUUCACCCUCCUCUGCCAGCGUCGCAGCCCUCACAACCUCAGUGCUGGCCCUCAGGGAACAGGAGACUAGUCUGGUGGAUGGGCAUCUGAAAAGUGAACUUCAAUGUCAGCAGGAGAUAGGACGAAUGAUGGUGACAAACCAGGAGACACAGUGCCAGUGGCCGAGGUAUGGCCAGAGGUGGAGAGGGCUGAGUGCUUGGCCCGUGGUGCUGCCUUGAAGUGGGCGUCAGGUGUUUUCUGUCGACCUGAAUAUCUGGAGCGACUAAGCCAGUACAGGAAGAGAGAGAGUCAGAGGACUGCUUCCAUACACACUAGGCUCAAGUCUAUGGUCCAGUCGUACCUGGAGGGGGUAGGCUGGGGCUUGGAGCAGCUUCAGGAGGCCAAGGUGGAGCUGAGGGAGGUGUCUCACGCUUUGAAGAAAGCAGGACUGGAAUCCAAUCAAAAUGCAGAUAGGGUGAAGCCUCUGGAGAGGCUGAGAGAGGUGUCAGUCAACCACUGUCAGCUCUUCGCUGCAGUCAGCAACUUGCCCCGGCUUUACUCUGUGCGUAGCAUGGUGUUGGAGACUGAGCGCCUGGUGGAAUCCCGGAGGCUCCUGGAGGCCCACGCCCGGCUGAUGGAUUUGGAGCGGUGGCAGGACGACAUCCUCUGGCAGCUCCACGGAGCUGCUGGGACUGCAAGAAGUGCACUCAGCAGUGAAGACAAAGAGCUGGUGGACAAAUAUUUCUCUGGUGUUGGGCAGCUCGUUGACGCCCUGGGUAAGGAGCUGUGGGCAGUGGUGAGCAGUGCUCUGGCUUUGGCCCGUCAAAACCCUACACCCUUUGUAUCGGCAGUGAGGAUAGUGGAGCGAGAGGAAGCCCUGGACCAGGUUCUGCUGGAGGAGAGAGGGGGCACUGGGAACAACAGCAGGCCCAUGCCCCCUGGACGACCUCGCUGCUGGAGAGCAUGCUUCUUCCGGGUACUAGAGGAGGCGGUUUCUGCACGGUUCCGUAGCGUUUCCUACCUGCACACACGUGGUCCAGGUCUGGCAGGACACCUCUCUGCUCUCCAGCACGCUACCAUGGCUGACCUGGCCACUGUACGCCACCUGCUGGAGCACUGUGUGCCCCCCCACUAUCGGCUAACAGGAGCCUACCUAAGGGCCAGCCAUCGCUGUUUACAUGCUCACCUGUUACAGGUUAGCAGCUGGGACCUGGAGAGUGGGGAAAUCUUUGCUGUGCUCAACUGGGUGCGACACAUCUACAACAGCCCAGACAUGAUGGGUCACCCAGACCUGGUGACUGAGUUGGAGAGAGAAGAGCUGGGACCUCUCAUCUCUGCCGAGGGCCUGGAGCAGCUGCAGGGCAAAUAUGUGCAGAGUGUUCGGAAGAGUGUAUCAGAGUGGAUGCGCAAAGCUCUACAGGUAGAGCUGCAAGACUGGCAGAGAGACCAGGAGCCGGAUACAGAUCAUGAGGGUUUCUAUCAAACCAGUCUGCCUACUAUCAUCACACAGAUGCUGGAGGAGAACGCCCGUGUGGCUCUGAUGAUAGGAGAAGCCCUACGAGAUCAGACAAUACAGAUGGGACUGUAUGAGAUGGAGAACCUCUUGAACAGGUUUCGGGACGCUCUGGUGGAAUUCGGGAAAGAGCAUCGCAGGAAUAUGAGCAACAACAAAAACAAGUUCUACCUCCACUACUUGCUGGCGUCCAUCAGCAACUGCAUCAUCCUCAAAAAGUCCACUGAGAGCCUGCAGCAACAGCAGACAUCCCGCUCGGCGGGCCAGUUUUCUCGGACUCCUCCCAAUCCACUGGCAGCUCUGGACCGAGCGGUGAGACGGGCGUGUCGCCUGGUGAUGGAUCAGCUCCUUUUGGACCUUCAGCCUCUCCUCCCAGGCCUGCUGACCCGACCCUGGCUGGUCCAUGGUGACCCCACUCCCAAACUCUGCCAUGUCCUGGAGCAUCACCUGGAGCUGUAUGGCCGCGUUCGGCCCCCCUGCCGAGAGCGUCUGCAAGAGGAGGCCCAGUGGCUGAUGGUGGUGGAGUACGUCCGGGCUCUGAUGCAGAAGAGGCUGGUGUGUCGCAGCGCUGACGAGAGAAGGAAGCUUACUCAGCAGAUGGUUCGGGACGACCAGCUGUUCAGAGAAAUCCUCCACGGCCUGGAGGGUGAUGGAUUGGUGCCUGACGUGAACCCUUUAGCAUUACUACCCAUUCUGGCUGACUUCAUCAGACUCAAAGACCCCAGCAUGCUCACUCUGGAAGUGUCUGGACUCGUAGCCAAAUACCCUGAUAUCAGUGAAGAGCAUGUGUGUGUGCUGCUGGAUAUCCGCGGUGAUGUAUCCAGGGACAUCAGAGGGGCUGUGUUGGACUUGCUGGAACAGAGUGCCCCCCCUCUGCCAGCAGGAUAUCGGCCUAUCUUCACUGACAUCCUGGUGCCCCCCACCACCAUGGCCUUCUGUCUGCCCACUGCCAAGUGUGCAUGACUAAAACAACUGAAACUUUAGCCUGUACUCAGUUUUUUUCAUUCAAACCAGGGUGGACCUGAUUCUCCGUUGAAUCUUCAAGCCCAGGUCCCCUUAGCUUGUUAUCGCACUAAAAAUGCAGGACAGAGCAGCUGCUGGGUUUCAUGUUAUGUUAGAUGGAUGGCCAACCUGUAUUCAGUUCUUCCACUCAAUGUUUAUCCUGGUUGCUUCACAUCUACUUUUUUUUAUUGAGUGUGUAGCAGCGUUGCACACAUCUUUCACACUGCCCAGCUGCCCAGUGCCUCUUUCGCAGUCUUCUUUUGUUGCCCACUGAAGCGGGUUCAGGGUCUUGCUCAAGAGCUUCUUAUUGUUAAGAAGGGUUAGAGCUUCUUAACAAUAUUAUGCUCUUAUGCUUAUUCUAGGAAUCUAUAGAAUAGAUUCCUAUUGUAUUAUAUUCUAUUUCACUUUCAAUUUACCUGGGAUUUGAGCUGGUCCUUGCUCGUUCAGGUCUAACUUCAGUUACUUGAGAAUCUCCUUUGUCUAAAUAUAUGAGCCACUGGGGCUGAUAACAAUAGCUGCUUUAAUGCCUUAAAAUUAGUACGGGUAAAACAGUGUCUUUGUAACUUUUGCUGAACAGUUGCCACUGUAGCAAAAAGGAAGAAUUACGUGAUUAAAAAAUAGUUGUGGGGUUUUGAUGGAGAUUGUCAUCACUGUAAAAUAUGUAUAUAUGUGAAUCCUAAAACAUAAGUUAAGUGGUAUAGUACAAGUGCAGAAGAGUCACAGCCACCAAAUGGACAAUUUCUGCAGCAGUAUCUAGUUCAAAUUUGCAAUGCUUUUUAGCACUCCAAUUAAAAAUAAACAUUUACUUCUGUGGCCCCUGAGAUUAAAUUAAUGAAAGCAAAUGCAAAGCCUCUGAUAACUUCCCUACUAAAGAACUGUCUCAUCAGUUCAUGUAUAUGAUGCAUUGUUUCAUCUCAUGUUGAGCCUUAGGUUCAUGUAAAUAUCUUCAGAUAGAGAAGCGUGAAAAAUAAAAUCAGAAUGAAACACCA